AUGUUGAUUCAAAUCAUGGCAACCAAAGGUUUCUUUCAUUCUCUCUUUCUCACUUUCUUUCUUUUUCUUUCUUUCUUUUUUCGUUUUCUUUCUUUCUUUCUCACAUUCUUUCUUUCUUUCUUUCUUUUUCUGUUUUCUUUCUUUCUGUCUUUCUUUCUCACAUUCUUUCUUUCUUUCUUUUUCUGUUUUCUUUCUUUCUGUCUUUCUUUCUCACAUUCUUUCUUUCUUUCUUUUUCGUUUUCUUUCUUUCUUUCUCACAUUCUUUCUUUCUUUCUUUCUUUCUUUCUUUUUCUGUUUUCUUUCUUUCUGUCUUUCUUUCUCACAUUCUUUCUUUCUUUCUUUUUUCGUUUUCUUUCUUUCUUUCUCACAUUCUUUCUUUCUUUCUUUUUCUAUUUUCUUUCUUUCUGUCUUUCUUUCUCCCAUUCUUUCUUUCUUUCUUUUUCUUUCUUUCUUUCUCACAUUCUUUCUUUCUUUCUUUCUUUCUUUCUUUCUUUUUCUGUUUUCUUUCUUUCUUUCUUCCUUUCUCACAUUCUUUCUUUCUUCGUUUUCUUUUUGUUUGUCUUUCUUUCUCACUUUCUUUCUUUCUUUUUCUGUUUUCUUUCUUUCUUUCUUUCUUUCUCAUUCUUUCUUUCUUUCUUUCUUAGUUUUUUCGUUUUCUUUCUGUUUGUCUUUCUUUCUCACUUUCAUUUUUCUUUCUUUUUUCGUUUUCUUUCUUUCGGUCUGUCUUCAUUUCUAUCAUUCUUUCUUUCUUUCUUUUUCUGUUUUCCUUCUUUCCUUCUUUCUUUCUUUCUUUCUUUCUUUCUUUCUUUCUUUCUCACAUUCUUUCUUUCUUUCUUUCCCACAUUCUUUCUUUCUUUCUUUUUUAGUUUUCUUUCUUUCUUUCCUUCUUUCUUUUUUCGUUUUCUUUCUUUCGGUCUGUCUGUAUUUCUAACAUUCUUUCUUCCCUUUUUUUCCGUUUUCUUUCUUUCUUUUUUUUUUUUCUUUCUUUCUUUCUUUCUUUCUUUCUUUCUUUCUUUCUCACAUUCUUUCUUUCUUUUUUCGUUCUCUUUCUGUUUGUCUUUCUUUCUCACUUUCUUUCUUUCUUUAUUUUUUCGCUUUUUUUUUCUGUCUGUCUUUCUUUUCACAUCCUUCUCUCUGUCUUUCUUUAUUUUUUUGUUUUCUUUCUUUCUGUUUUUCUUUCUUUCUUUCUUUCUUUCUUUCUCACUUUAUUUAUAG